CUAACCAGAUUUUCCUGCUGCUUUUCGCGGAGGUUUAGGGCCGAACGAAGAAGAUGAGUCAGAUAGGCGAUGAAACGCCCUUCUCCUUCCCUUAAUCGUCCGUAUCUUCGCCCCCUUUUGUUCAAAAGCAAAGUAAACCAAGGAAGAACGCCCUGUCAGCUUAUUGCGAACUCUGUCAGGUUUAAAACGCCCUCUUUUUGAUGGAAAUCCUGCUUAUUUUCCGACUGCUUUAUCUGGGUUCUUGCUAUUUAAAUUCAAGGAUGGCACUUGCUCUGCUCAUCUUACCACCAUUGAAGGAGACGAAGGCUGAUAGCGGAUUGCUUAAAGUGUUCAGGCUCUUUUUCCAUUUAGAUAAAGCUUCCCCUCUGCACAACUCAUCAUACUUGGCUAGUCUCUUCUCUUCAAGAUGAACAAUCCUCAGCAUGGUCAAGAUGAAGAGUAUGAACCAAUUGUUCCGGGAUUCGAAGCCCCGUCAUCACCCAAGUCAAGUUAUGACAAUGUGUACGACAUAAAAGAAGAUGAAGGGCGGCAUCCGCCUGAGGCUCCUCCACAACUUCUGGAACCCGUGACAAUCCGGAGAUUGACCACUGGUGAAGAGACACUUGGCAAGACGCCCAAUCCAGUGGUCCUAAACCAUCUCUUCACCAAUGUGGACGACAGAAAAUUUUCGUGGGAACCGGUGGCAGUGGCAACAACUCACCGCUGUCCAUCAAAGUAUGUGACUGUUGUGGUUUACAAACCUCCUCCUCAGUCUGGAAAGGACAGCCCCAGCAGUACCUGAAAUGCUUCUGUGUUGUAGUAAGUGGUCCGUGUAAGAGUUCAAAUACUAAGGUGUGCAGAGGAAUGAGAUUUUCAGAUUGCGGGAUAAAGAGAGAAGAGUGUUUGAAGGGAAAAUCGCAUAUAUGGUCCCUCAAUUAUCCACAAAAUUAAAAUCUCAGACCUGUAUUUCUUUUGUUGAAAGAAAUACAGGUCUGAAUUAUAUGUUUGUUUUCUGAUAAAUUUAUAAUUGCGAUGGAAACAUUAUAUAUAUUUAAAUCUGUUUUUCAUUUAUUUAGUUUUAUGCUUGAUCCACUUACCCUCUCAAAAGAAAUAUGGUACUAGC